AUGAGCUCUGUCCUGUCGAAAGCGUUUCCCGCGGUGGUGAAGGAGAUCCGUCUGCACCUGUCGCCUACGGGCACGGGUAGCGCGGGUGCUCGGAAAUUCCUCGAGACGAACUACAAGACGAUCAAGCAAAACAACCCGAACCUCCCGUUCCUCGUCCGCGAGGCCGAGAAGACGCCGGCGCGCCUUAUUAUGCGCAUGGAGCGCGGCGCUGAGCGCGACGUGGAUAUCAACGCCCUGGAGCCGCGUGCGAUCGAGAAAAAGAUCGCCGAGCUGCUCAAGUAA